AUGGCAGUCUGGCUACUGAGGAAAGACUUGGUUUGCCCAGGCUUUCUGUGGUAACUUCCUCCUCCAGUGGGAGAAACUGCCAGUAAACGAAGAAUGACAAUUUACAUACCAUAGUGAGGCUAAUCGGCCUCUCCCUUAGUCACAGCCUGCCUACUUGAGACAUCCUGGGAAAUCCCUAUUUGGAAGAGAAGAAAAGUUAAAAUCACAGAUGCUGUGCUUAUAACCUUAUUCUGUGUAAUUCAUAUACAGAGUCACUUCUGUUCACUUUUAAUGAAAAACAAUUGCUGUUUUUUUCCACCAUGAGUUAACAGUGCGGUCUUUUAAAAAUUUUGUAUAUUUGGUUUCACUUUAAAAGAUACCACAAGAGACAUUUUCUUUCUCUUUUUCCUUCUGUCUUCCAAGACUCCAGGAAAAACAGCUUCCAUGGCAUAUUGCGUACAGGGCACAACUAGAAUGAGUGCUGCAGAAAGUUCUUCGGAGCUCGGAGAGCAUGAUCAAUCAUCAAGCAGAAAGAACUUGACAAGUUCUCUUGAACAAAAGAUAAGGUGCUUGGAAAAACAGAGAAAAGAGCUCCUGGAAGUUAACCAGCAAUGGGAUCAGCAAUUUAGAAGUAUGAAAGAGUUAUAUGAACGAAAGGUCGCAGAGCUGAAAAUGAAACUGGACGCCGCAGAAAGGUUCCUCAGCUCGCGGGAGCAGGAGCGGCUUCAAAGUCAGAGAGAGAGCGACCGGCUGCACGACCAGACCCGCCAGCGGCUGCAGCUCGAGGAGAAGGAAAAGGAGAGCCUAAGUGAAGAAUUACAUGAAUUGAAGAAAGAAAAUAAGCUUUUGAAGGAAAAAAACACUCUUGCGAGCAAGAAGAAGGAACAGUAUGAAUGUGAAAUAAAGCGCCUCAAUAAGGCUCUUCAAGAUGCCUUGAAAAUCGAGUGUUCUUCAUUUCCGGAGGAUUGUUUGGGAAAAUCUGAACUGGAGUGCAGACAUAAGGAGAUGAGAACAGAAAUGGAAGUUCUCAAACAGCAGGUGCAAAUAUAUGAAGAAGACUUCAAAAAGGAACGAUCAGACCGUGAAAGACUUAAUCAAGAGAAAGAGACUCUACAGCAAAUUAUUCAAACUUCUCAAUCCGAGUUGAAUAGGCUGAAUUCUCAGAUAAAAGCUUGUCAGAUGGAGAAAGAAAAACUCGAAAAGCAGUUAAAACAGAUGUAUUUCCCAAUCUGUAACUGUGGCUUGAAUUUCCAUCUGCGGGAUCCAUGCACACUGGCAGACCCUGGGACUGCACAAGAUCUACAUAAGCACCCAGGGCGCCUGGGUGGCUCAGUCGAUUGAGUGUCCGACUUCAGCUCAGGUCAUGAUCUCACGGUUUGUGAGUUCGAGCCCCACAUCAGGCUCUGUGCUGACAGCUCAGAGCCUGGAGCCUGUUUUGGAUUCUGUGUCUCCCUCUCUCUCUCUCUGCCCUCCCCCGCUCAUGCCCUGUCUCUCUCAAAAAUAAAUAAACAUUAAAAAAAAAAAAGAAAUCAUGUCUGUCUCUGUAAUCUGAGCAUGUAAUAUUCUCCACAGAAAGAGCCUCUUUUAAUCCCAGCCUCUAUGUUACAGUUACAGUGGUCAAUUACACUAUAAUCAUCUUUUGGGGACACUGGACCCACAGACCACACAUAGAUAUGAAUGAAUUAACUGAAAUGUAUCAAGUUAAGCUGUAAUUCUUUGAAGGAACAUAUAACAUUUUAUACAGGUCCUUUUAAAUGAAAUGCCUAACUCUUCCAAGAGGACAUUUUUGUCUAUAAAGAAAAGCAAAGUGAAUAUAGCAAGUCUGAGAGAUGCCUUUUUCAGUUAUAAACUUAUGUUGAACUACUGUGGACAUUGCUACAUUUGUGCCACAGAGUUUUUGACAUUUUCCAAUUAAAAGGAUAUUCCUAAAGCAUCCAAGAAAAAGUGACCCACUUAAGUUGCUUUCUGUGACUGUGUCUACCCAGGCAAAAUGAAACGAAUAGUGGAGCAAUUAUUUGUGAGUGGAAUUGAUUUGGACAGUCAACCUGAAUAAGUCAGAACCAAAGCACCCUUCUUUCCUUUCCCCAUAGCGGUAUUCCACCCACCCUCCCCCAUGGUCUGGAUGCGUCUCUAAUUUGUGUUUUGGCUACAUAGACAGAAUCUUUAUACCGGAAAAAACAUACAUUUUUUUGCAUUUUGGAAAUGUUCAGACAACUCCCCUCCUCCUUAGUUUUUAUUAGCUGUGUUUUUAAUUAUGCAAAGAAUGUUGAGAAUCCCUUUACCUGGGAUUUUCCUAGCAGAACAUGUAUGGAGAGCAUGAUUCUUUUGAUUGCCAUAGUUUUGUAUUUGAGUGUAACUCAAAGCUCUUUUCCCAAGGGAGGAGGUAAUGACUCUUCGGGUGGCAGAAGGAUGUCAGAAUUUAAUGAGCAUCCUUUAGUUGACCCCGGUGUGACACAGCACACUGCUGAGAAUUUGCUUCAUUUUGUGUUGUUGCCCCAUGUCACUUCUGUGACCCACCCCCAUAUCCUUUUUUCUUUACCUGCUUGCUUACUUUUCAAUCUUCACCAGAAACAUUCCUUGGAAUUCCCAAACAUAGGUAUAAUUCCCUAAAUUUGCUUUCAGAAUGUAGAAGUAACUUAAUAUUGGGGGAAACAGAAAGAGACAGAAAUGUACUUUGGAGUUAUCUCCUACAGGUUGGGAAAUUGUAGAAUUAUUCUUGUGAAAGGUUAACUUAUAAAGCCAAUGAGUCAGGCAAGCUCAUCUAGAAGUAAAAAUGACUAUUGUCUUCAAAUAUUCAUUUAUGGAAAGAAGGCAGAAAUUCACCUAGUCUAAAAGCUCAUCAAACUUUCCUGAUCAGUUAUAAGAGGAGUGGUCCAGACCUUGUAAAAUUAUCACGAAAUAAAGGUCUGUAUUUGAAAAAAGAUUCUGAGUCAUGUAUAUAAUGGCUUGUAUUCAGUUAAACAGUAUUCAGUUAAACACAAUCUUGCUAUAACAAUAGAAUUUAACUCCCAGGGUUCAUUUAAAAAGAAUAUUUAGUGUUCUAUGCUUAUUUCUAAGCCUGAAUUAAAACACAAGCGAUAGUGUUUGUAAAAUUACAGUAUAUUUGCCUUCUUUUGGCAACUCUCCUGGAAUAUAAAACUGAGGCUCACGUCACUUAUCCUACGUGUUAUUUGAGACAUCUAAAAAUAAACGAGGAGAUAAAAAACAGAGGUGAUCUCAUUUCCUCUUUUAGCUUUUUCGUGGACCAAAAGGAGCCAAGAGUCUAGGUGUCUGAGUGGGGGUAAAGUGGGGUCAGACUGUACUAAAUGCAGCAUUUCUUAGUGUCUUGUCAGAUAAUUGAACUUUAAGGCUACUUUCAGUGGUCUGGCAGCCCUGUAAAUGCUCCCUGUUGGCUCAUUGUUAGAGAAAAUUUCCCGGAGUUAUUUUCUGGAGGUAAUUGAAUAAUAGAACAAAAGGUCUGUAUUCUCCGUGUCUUGGGGGAGGAAGGGGGCAGGGGUGAGCAUUGGCAGCAGGAAGACAGACCAUCCUCAGGGGCAGGUGAACCUGAGAUUGCUGUGUUCCAAGUGGUUCAACACAGAGACUCUCAUCUUAGAACUGAAUCUUGAAAUGCAGGUCUAUAGCUCAUGAUUUAUUCAAUGCAGUUUGUUUGACAUGUUCCUUGAUAUUCAAUAUCUAGAUGUUCUUAACUGGUGAAACCUAGAAGAAAAUCCCACAGGGCAAAUCCAAGUCUGCCCUUUUCUCUCACUGCCUCUCUAGUCUAAACCACCUGAGUGAUUUAGAGAAGAGUUUCCGCGGAGGAACACUACAAAGAGAAAGAUCUGCCCUGCUUCACCAUCCUGAGCCUCUACAAGCCAUGUCUGCAGUUAACGGCUUAGAUUUCUUCCUUGUAUCAGAAAACGUUGAGCUUGUAAUUGUUUUCUCGGUCUUUCUUUUGCCUCCUGUGUGAGGGAUUUAAACAUAGUAUUUAUUGAUGAUAAACUGCUUUGUUUUGUUUAUGGGCUGUAGUAAGUUUUACAGAAGUGUUUAUACUUCUGCAGAUAUCCAAAACACAUCUGCUUCAAAAACAAAAACAAAAACAAAAAACAAAAAAACAAAAAACACCAUGACACAACCCCAAAGUACGAGAAAUUCUGGCCAGCACAGUGCACAGUGUGGAUUUAGAGGGGGGUUGGGAGAUGGUAAUAGUGAUGACGGAGGUAAGAGAGAUGAGCGUGAUUGGCAACAGGUUUGGACAAAAAUUACUUUUGUAUUGCCUGCAUAAUAAAAGCCACAUAGUAUAAUUAUAUUUUUAAUGCGCCUCUGUUUUGUUUGAAGUCCAUAUUGCUAUAAUGUUGUAUUGUU